CUCCUGGUCUUACAGCAGCUCCUCUGCAGCAUGCAGUCGUAUCGCUGAGUAAAAGUUUUUCCAGAUAUGUUUUUCUUUCUCUCCUUUGUCUCCCUGCUGGUUUCCUCCACAGAAGAAAACAGGACGUUAACAUCUUUAAAUUGGACAAAAACAAAGAACAGAACAAGCAGAGCUUGAUGUAAAUCUCUUCUUCUUCAGCUCCUCAGCAGCUGAUGGUGAAACCUGGACAGAAUGUGACUCUGCAGUGCCAGCAGUCCCACCCUGGAACCCUCACCCUGCUCACCUGGACCAGAAAUGACCUCCAGAAAGACGACUUUGCCUUCUUCCUCAGAGAAAAUCGUCCCUACAGACAGUACCAGCAUGAGUCCUUCAGAGGACGAGUGGAGCUGAGAGACUCUUCGUCCCUCAAGGACGGAGACUUUUCCGUCCUCCUUCAGAACGUCAGCUCAGAGGAUGCAGGAACGUACCGGUGCAGGAUAGUGAUGAGGAACCCAGGAGGAGGUUCCUCUGAGUUUGAACACUUCAUCAACCUGACCGUCUCAGGUGAGGAGACACCAGAGGAGGGAGAUGAGGAGGGAGGAGGUCCGAAGUUUGGGGUGAUGACAUUAGGAAGAGAAUCAAUCAUUGCGUUGAUCAUCAGUGUGUUUGUUCUGGGGAUGGUUCUGAUCAGCUUUGCUGCUGUUCAAAUGAAACGAAAGUGUCGUACUCCUUCUACUCUUGAUGCAGACGCCGACGAGGAAAAAACACCAAUGCAGUCUGAAAUGAUUCUGAUUCCAUCCGUCACUAUAUCUUCUACCAAUUUGCCCGCCAUGGACGCCAUGGCGCCGGUGCCUAUCUCUGGCAGUCUGUCUCAGACAGGUCAUCAGUCUGCUGCAGAGCAAUGAUUCCCCUUCCUUGGUCCCCAUUGGUGAAAAGCCAACCACUGAAACACGGUUUGAUCCUGCAGAGCCAGAUGUUCUGAGCUCUUCCACAUGUUCGUCUCUAGUGGACCUUUAACUCCGUUCUGUCUGUUCUGGUUCUGCUAACCAGUCAGACUCAUCUCCACUCAUGUUCUGGAUCCCUUCAGACUCUCCGAAGGACCUUCUGACUCUGAGCCAACGACAAUCUGCCUUUAAAGAUGAAACGGUUGUGUUGCUGCCUCUAGUGGUGGGGGAGAGGCAUAACACCACGAUGCACUUCCUGUCUGUCCUCUAAUACUCAGAGAAGCAGAACAUCUCCAGCUCUGUUUGCAGCAGCAGCUCUUUAUUCUCCAUCUAAUGCUGUGUUUUGUUUGGUGCUUUUGAAAACUACAUCUAAUCUGUAUUUUUUGACAAAUGCUGAAAACUGUAAUAUUUAUCUUCUUUAUCUUUGAAGCAACAUC